CAGGCUGGCGCGUGCGGGCGGAGAGAUGCGCUUCUUCUUGCGCCUUUCUCGCAACCCGGAAGCGUCGUUUGUUAAAGGGCCGGAGAUGGAAUUUGGGGCGGUGGUGCUGCGGACGUAAAGAACAGUUCGGCACGGCAAGGCCAGCGUAAACUGUCUCUGCAAUGCUUACAUUAUGAAGACUAUGACACCCUUUCAAAGUCAACUUAAACGAAGGGAACAAUGCUGCACUCUAGAUAUUGAGGAACAUUCUCUAUAUUCCUUUUGCCAUUGGUGUAUGCUCUCUUCAGGACCUAGUGCCACAGUGUUAUGUCCACAGUGUUGACGGGGUUGCAGGUCCCCGUAUUUCUAAGUCUCAACGGAAUUCCACAUUUCUAGCCAUCCCGGGAUGCUGCUGACAGAUUCAUGUGGAUCUGGAGGUGGCCAUGGAGAUGGACAGGGUCCUUGUGGAAUAGCCACUAGGGACCCCAUGCAUUUAUUAGUCUCCAGAGGCACAGAGAGAAGUGGAGACACAUACUGUCAGAUAAGAUUGGAAAAGACAGUAGAUGCUGUGUUUCUGUAUUUUAUGAGGCAUGGGGUACUAGCUGCUCAUUAGCAGUGCCUUGUUUAAGGAAGAGGAAACUGAGCAGAACAUACACUGGAUCUGCCUUUUUGCACUUUAAGAAUUUCAUCUGUUUAAUUUUAUCUGGUGCACAAACUUGCCACAUAAACAAGAACAAUGCGACACAUUCAUGUGGAGAUUUCACAAAAGGAGCAACCAAAAGAACAGCUUGUGCAGGAGCUUGAGCUUCCACAACCCUGUGCUCAAUCAGGUGGCUUGGACUCUAGUCCCAGUCAAGGUCUGCUUAGAACAUUUGGCAGGGAAGAGUUUAGACUGCAAAAAGUCUAUCAGUUAUCUAUCUUCUCCCAGCUUGCCAGUUAUACUGAAACUCAACAUCAGAGGCCAGGAAAAGGAAUGAAAAGGAUUUCCCCUGAAUGUCAAGCAAAUGUAGACAUCAAGCAAGCCCAGACAUGCAAGAGGAUUGUGACUUCCUAUACAGAUUGUCUUGACCAGCCAGAACAAAAUGGGGAGCUGAAGGAUGAACACCAGUGCCCAGAGCAGGUGUAUGAUAAAAGAGCUGUUGCGUUUUGUUCUAGGCAGCACUUACCAUACACUGGAAUGAAGAAGGACUCUAGGAGGACAGAGGACUGUACUGCAUUGAAAGAUUCAAACUUAGAAGAAGAAAAUUCCUCCUUGCACCUUCCUCUGUUCAGCUGCUGUGCACAAACACAAUAUACAGAAGACCUAAUUAAAAUAAAUUGUUCUCCCAACAAUCAAGACUCUGCUACAUUCAAUGCCAAGACAGCUUACACCAUCACGUCAAAAUUGCCACCAAAUUGUUCUGUGAGUUGGGAGGGUGAAAUUGAUUGUGGUUUAGUAAGUGCCAAUGAAGGAAGUAUGUUUACUAGAAAAAUCAAACAAUUUGGUAACGAAGACCAUUUAAACAUCUGCUUCAAUAAUGAAGGAAAUUCUCCAAUAUCAGCAGGCUUUGUGAUUAACAAUGAGGUUGGAAAUCCAUCAGAAUGUAUUGAAUCUAGAACUCUUUUCAGCAAUCAGGAUUUGAGUUCUCCAAAAUCAGAGCACUGUCAGGUGUCAUUCACUAAUGGACUGGCUUCCUCUGAGAAAACUCCUUGUGAGUUUAAGCAACAGGCCUCCACAUCAAAAGAGAGAUACGCUGCCAAGAGAAAGCUGAUAGCAUCUAGUGACACAGCAGAACCCUGCUCUGAAGAUGAUGGGCCCUCAACUUCCAAAAAGUGCCGGCUGUUGUUGCCACAUUCUGUAACUGUGUCUUGCCGCAGCACUGAUGCCAAAGCUGCCCCUUUCUGGAACCACUUACUACCAUCUGCCAAGGAACUGCGCAAGGGCUCUUCGGAUUGCACUAAUGCCAAGAGAAGCUUAAAAAGCAGAUUGCCUCCUAAAUUGAGACAACACAGCAGUACACUCUGUGGAGACCUUGACUGUCAUACAUCCUCAGUCUGGCCGCCAGCUCCUAUUAGCCGCACUCUACUGGGGAAUUUUGAGGAAUCCAUCCUUAAAGGUUGUUUUGCCCCAUCAGGCCGAAUUGAGGGCUUCACAGCAGAAAUAGGUGCCAGUGGUUCAUAUUGCCCACAACAUGCUUUCCUGCCUGUGGAAGUUACUUACUAUGACAUCUCAGAGCACAGUGCCCCUGCCCCUUUUCUGGGUGUUAUUCACCUGGAGUCACUGGGAAGGAAAGGAUACAGUGUUCCAAGAGCUGGGACUAUCCAAGUGACCUUAUUCAACCCAAAUAAAACUGUAGUGAAAAUGUUCUUGGUGACAUACAAUUUUGAAGACAUGCCUGUCAACCAUGUGACGUUUUUACGCCAUCGUAUCUUUCUGGUGCCAGUGGUGGAAGAAGAAGAAGAAGAAGACCACAGAGCCAAUCAUAGUAGGAAAAAAGUGCUCUGCUACCUAAUACACCUCAGGUAA